AUGCUCAUCAUUCUAUUUUUUCAGGUUCCCGGUCUGUUACAUUCAAUCAAAGGCAGGAUUUACAAAGUGAAUGAUAGAAAAAGAAUCGGUGCGAAACUUAAAAAAGAAAUCGGUGCAAAACUACAAGAAGAACAUCAGAAGGAACAAAUAAAAUGUGUCAAACAAAUGGGUGCACUCGUGGAUCAUCCGGAUGCUGGUCUUGUGAAUUUUUCAAAAAGCGUUAUGAAGAGUUUUCAAUUCGAGAAUAAAUCUAAUCCAGCAAAGUAUCACGAGUAUCUAGUAGCUAGUAUUCCUGAUCGAAUUAAAAUACUUAAAGCGGGUUCUAGUGUGGUCACUGAACAACCGAAUUGGGACCAGUAUGCAUAUUUCAAAAAGGAACUACGCAAACUUAUGAAAAAGAUGUCAGAAGAUGAAGAUUUGAAACGCUUCUUCCGUUAUGAUGUUGGUAAUGCUACUGAUCUUGCUCGAAGUUGUCGAUUCAUAGCGCAACGAAUUGUUCAAGGAAGACACGAAGACGGUACUGAAGGAAUGAAAAAAGUGAAAGCAGACAAACAAAGACGACUGAAAAAAAUUAGCGGACUCGAAGAAUACGCCAAAGUUUUUAUCCCGCCUCAAAUCCGUAUUAAAAUAACAGAUAACAUCACGUUUAACGAUUUAGACGUACUGCCAGUUUAUUCUGACCUUGAAAACGAAACGUUGGAGAACUUGGACAUACCGGAUGUUCUCACUUAUAAUUACAUCGACGUGAACUUCGUAAAUAUUAUUCGAGAGAAACAACUAGCAAGAGCGAUUGCCCUCUCUGAAGAAGAGCAAAAUCAUAUAAAGUGUGAUUGUCAUUCCGACCAAGAAUCAUUAAUUCCGUGCUAUGAAAAUGAUGCCUGUCCAUGCUACAUAAUGAACAAAAAACUGAUGAAAUUUCAAGUUGACAAUGGAGAAGAACCCGUCAAAUUUAAGACGUUCGAGCCUAUCAACUUCAAUAACAUAAAAAACGCAUUCUACAAUCAUGUCUCAUUCGCCUGUUCCGAAUUGUGCAAGUGUUCUGGAAAAUGCUCAAACAACCCUCUUUUUCUCAUAAGCAAGAGAAUUUUCCCUCUUCAAAUUCACAGAGUUGAUAGCCUAGUUGGAUUCCAACCAUUCUCUCCAGUGUUCAUUCCUGCCGGAACUCCAGUGGCCUUAUUCACAGGCGAACUCAUUUCACGUGAAUAUUUGAAUGAAAAGGAUGUAGACUAUUCUUAUCAAAUCACUUACGACAAUGACGCUAAAUGGCGCGCAUUUGUUCUCAGUAUGAGAAAUCAGUUUUCCGAAGAGUACGUGCAAAUACUCGUUCAUCUUUGCUCACUUAACUACUACAUCAAUCCAAAGCAUCACGGAAAUAUUGGCAGAACAGCGGGGCACUCAUGUGUUUCAAACAUGGAUAUGAUGAAAAUUUAUCAAAAAAGUUUAACUCCAGCUCAUGCCAAUCUUAUGAUGUUUACACUCGAGGACAUUUUUCCUGGAACGACAUUAACAAUCGAUUAUGGAUACGCGUUCGCCGAUAAACUGCACAGUUUUUGUAAAUGCGGCACGUUUGCAUGCAUAAACAAUCCAAAAGGAGAACCUUUUGAGACGUUGAACAGCUUUAGUCUGGCUGUUUGUGUCAAGGAAAUCCACGACGAAAAAAGGAGACAGUAUUUGAAAAACGUGGUCGAACCUUUAAAAAGAGAAAUGGAAAACUAA